GUGCUGCAGCCUUGAGCUGACUGUGUUUAUGUGGCCAUCUGAGCAAAAACGCGUUGUCAAAGCUCUCCGACUGGAGAGUCACUGACCACCGAACUGGCGACGUGAAGUCAAUUAGCCGUGUAAACACCAUGCUGGCCAGGCAUCUAGCAAGCCCAUUCAUUAAACAAACGCUAUGUUUUUGCAAGUAAAACGAGCCACGCAAUACACAGGGACGGCUUCUUUCUGGCGGUUGAUUCCCACUAUUCUAAUAAGAGCAAUUCCUGAGUGAUGCCUUUGAGCACUCACAACGUGUGCGUGCUAUGGGCAGUGGGACUGAAACGGCAAUGGGAUUGUUUGUUGCAUGCGGGCUGUUGCGGGAGGAGGGGAGUAAAAAGAGUAACAAAAAUGCCCAAAAUUAACAGGGCGCACUCAACAGCCAAGGAGGCUUCUCUGCGUUUUCUGCGGUGGUGACCUUUCAAAUGUGUCGGUUGCUUGCAGAUCAGCAAAAAACGACAGUGAUUGAAAACGGUGAAAUCAGAUUCAAUGGGAAAGGGAAGAAGAUACGGAAGCCUCGAACCAUCUAUUCGAGUCUACAGCUUCAGGCUUUAAAUCAUCGCUUUCAGCAGACUCAGUACCUGGCACUUCCAGAGAGAGCUGAACUGGCAGCUUCUCUAGGACUUACUCAGACACAGGUGAAGAUCUGGUUUCAGAACAAACGCUCCAAGUUUAAGAAGCUGCUAAAGCAGGGCAGCAAUCCUCAUGAGAGCGACCCUCUGCCAGGUUCCGCUGCCCUGUCUCCGCGGUCUCCAGCCCUCCCUCCAGUCUGGGACGUUUCAGCUUCCGCCAAGGGAGUCAGUAUGCCUCCCAACAGCUACAUGCCUGGCUAUUCUCACUGGUAUUCUUCUCCACAUCAAGACACAAUGCAGAGACCACAGAUGAUGUGAAUUGUCCAAGAGAAAUAAUCUAUCAAGAAGCCCUAGUCUGGACAGGGCAAGCAGUCCGCUGUCUUGCCAACGGUGCCAAUUUCACAGGCUCUGUGUGAACUUGUGUGUGUGGCAAGAAGACAAGGUUGGGAUUUUGUUUUGUUUUCUCUUCUUUUCUUUUAGUAACCUCAGUGAUUGAUCCUGAACAGAAAGAGACUUUCCCCUCCCCCCCAUGCUGGCGCACAUAAGACACUUCUCCUUAGGAUAUUUUAAUUUGGACUCUAAGGAACCAGCCUCAUCGCUUUGGAGUUAUACUGUCAGAGCAAACUUUUUACAGACUUUUUCCCACCAGAAGUAUACACGACAACGUUUUUACUUGUUUAAUGAGCUAAAGAUAUUACACGAUGUAAGGGAAGCUAUUCAAGCUCCUGCAUUUGUAUUCACCAAACCCAGACUGGGGGAAAAAACUGUUUGAAAAGGAAUAUAUACUGUACGACUAAAACACUACCACGAAGCAAAAACUGCAUGCUUUAUCAAAAUGGAAUGGACAGCAACGAAGAAGAAACCACUGUCUCUCCCUCAGAUUUCUCUCCCUAAUUUCCCCAACCCCGCGAAAUUCCCUAAAAAUGAACAGGAAAAGGGCAAAGGAGGAACCCUCCAAAACAACCAUCUAUGGCUUUGAAAGGUCCAGUACUCGAUUGGUGGUAUUCUCACCAAUUCACUAAGCUAUAGAGACGUUUAUAUUGAGCAACCUUUCUGUAUAUAUUGCUGAAUUUUAGUUGUAAAUAUACUUUGUAUGUUUUUGUCUUCUUUCAUAUAUAGAGUAAAAGCCACAAAACGUCCAUGUGUCCUGUAUUUCUCUCUAUAUUAAAGCCCUCCCGCUUUAGAUACCUAGCGAGUCACACAUUUGUGACGUAGAGAGCAACAUAUCUAACAAUAAACCCUUGAAAAGACUUUUCUUAAAAAGAAUUAACCCUAGACAACAAUAGAUAUAUAUGUAACGAUUGCAUGGAUGUUUCUAAUCGCCCGGUCAUUUCUUAGCCUAUGUUACUUCGCUAAUUAUAAUAUUUGGGGGAAUAUUACGGUGUCAUUUUAUCUAAGGUUUUUCUCAAAGUAAAAUUUGGUGCUUUGCAUCUUUGCAUUGCUUCCUGCACAAGGAAGGAGGGGGAAAAGAAAGAGGUUCCCUCCUUUGUUUUUGAUUAACAGACAGACAAUUAAAGCUGUGUAAUAUUUUGCAAAGCUUGAAAGGUGCAGAGAUCUACAAUGCACUGACCAGGGCGAAUUAUAUCUUUAUUAUAUUGUGUAAAGCACAGAAAUAAUGAAAAUGAAAGUCCUUUCGUCACACAAGCCCCAUACUGCGAGAAUUAAUGGCUAGAGACCUGGGCAUCCUUCAAAUUAUGAACCUUGAAACCACUGAGCCAUUUAUCAGAAGUCAAUAGAGAUACUCAGAGUGCUCCAUAUAAUGACAGCUACAUACAGUCGUGCAAAAGGACAGUCACUAUAAUUAGACACAAAGCAAAGAAU